UAAACCACCGUAAGGGGUGUAUUAGUGGCGGAGUGAGAGAAGUGCUGUCGAGGUGAAACACUGAAACAAGUGGAAAAUGGCAGUGUUUUGCAGAUCAGCCGCUUCAAUUUUGAAACCAGUCCAUUUAUUGCCGUCUGCGCUUGCAGCUGUUCGACAAUACAGCUCAGGUGGACAGUAUCAGUAUAUACUGGUUGACAAAAAAGGUGAAAAGAAGAAUGUUGGUUUCAUUCAAUUAAAUAGGCCCAAGGCCUUGAAUGCGCUUUGUGAUGGCCUAAUGCUUGAAGUGGGUAAGGCCUUGGACAUCUUUGAACAGGAUACUGAGGUUGGUGCAAUAAUCAUUACAGGCAGUGAAAGAGCUUUUGCAGCGGGUGCUGACAUCAAAGAGAUGCAAAACAGAACUUUUCAAGAGUGCUUCGGUGGCAACUUUUUGGCACACUGGAACAAAGUAUCACUGGUUAAAAAGCCAGUUAUAGCUGCAGUAAAUGGAUUUGCUCUUGGAGGAGGUUGCGAGCUGGCCAUGAUGUGUGACAUAAUCUAUGCUGGAGAAAAGGCACAGUUUGGACAGCCAGAAAUCUUAUUAGGAACCAUUCCAGGUGCUGGUGGUACUCAGAGGCUCACUCGGGCAGUUGGAAAGUCACUGGCUAUGGAGAUGGUCCUUACAGGAGACAGGAUUUCAGCACAGGAUGCCAAACAGUCUGGUCUUGUAAGCAAAGUGUUUCCUGUGGACGAGCUAGUAUCCGAAGCAAUCAAAUGUGGGGAGAAAAUUGCAAGUAAUUCUAAGCUGGUGUCAGCCAUGGCAAAGGAAGCUGUCAAUGCAGCAUUUGAACUGUCCCUGAAUGAAGGCAAUCGGUUGGAGAAGAGAUUGUUUCAUGCCACCUUUGCUACAGAGGACAGAAAAGAGGGCAUGAGUGCAUUCGUUGAGAAGAGGAAAGCUGAGUUCCAGGACAAUUGAAGGAUCAGAUCAUAAGAGUGUUUCUUUUUAUACACUAAUAUAUUAGUUUGUGAUCCAGUGCUGUUACUGAAAGACUGUUAUACUGUAUAUGUCAAAACUUAAGAACAUCUGUGGUUUAAAAGAAGCACCAGAAUCAAUAGUACAACACCCUGAUAUUUGCCUUUCUUCCAGCAAAACAUUUUAUCAUUUGAACCAAGCUGUUUUGCUACUGUUGUUGAAUAAACUCUGAUCAUCACAAAUUUUGGCUUAAUGACAAACACUAAUUAUAAGGACUUUUGUAAAUAUCAGGUGACACCAGACUGGUGACUUUACUGAUCCUCAAGCAGGUUUCUGUUUGUAAUACAAAAUUUAAUUUUGUAUUAAAUUUUUAGAUAGAAAAUUGAGGUAAAGAAUAAAUUGAUUUCAUUUGUUAUGCUA